AAUUCAAUUCGUAAAGUACCUCUUGCUUUGCACAGCAGCAGCUUAGGGCUUAUAACACUCAAAUUCCGCUCUGAAACAGCAAAAUACGCCAUAGCCAAUAGGCCAGAGAUUGAAGGAACCAUGUUUGCGACAGCGAUAAGGUACAUAGGGAGGAAACCAAAGCCCAAAAUGAAACCCGUUGAGCUUAAAACCCCACCUGAGCAAACACAAACUAUCACCAGGGUUAUUUUCGACAUUUUGAAAGAACAUGGCCCUCUCACCAUUGCUGACACCUGGGAACGUGUCAAGGAUGUUGGGUUGAGAGGGUUGACAAGCAAAAGGCACAUGAAGAUAGUAUUAAGAUGGAUGAGGGAAAGACAGAAGCUUAAGCUUAUAUGCAAUCAUGUUGGGCCCCAGAAACAAUUUCUGUAUACUACCUGGUUCACAAAACCAAAUACAACGCAGACAAAGCUAGGAACCCAUACUUCCUGGCCAAAUAUGAAGCAGAUAAUGCCAGGAAGUGAUAUUUCCCGGCCAAAGUCAUCAUAAACCUUAUAGCGUGGUGUCUGAUAAUUGAACCAAAGAUUUUUUGGAGCUUUCACCAUGCUCUGAAGCUUUACAGGGCAACUACUAUGGCUUUCACAACCUUUUAACUAUGUGGAUAUCAAGGCCUUAGCUUUUGGGUAGACUUUCUUUCUUCUUCUUUUUUAUGUAUAUAUUAUGUUACGGGAUUAAUGGCAUUAUCAGCAAUAAUGUCUACAGUCUACAAAACAAAUGAUGAUUCGAGGAAAGCUCAAACAAAACAACAUUGAUAUUGAAACAAGCUCUCAAAACUAUUACGUGAUUGACAAAUUUGAGGAUUUUGGUAAUUCGGUGCUUUAGUUGUGUUAUGGAUAACUAUCAGUUCAGAUAUGAAGGAAAACAAAGUCAAUCUUUGCAAACACUAGUUUCCCAGUUUUUUAGAAGAUCAGUUGUUUGAUGAUUUGAAACACUGCCAAUUCUUCUGUCAAUUGAUAUCUUCUGACCCUGUCAUAUAUUUUCUGUUCAUUUUAAUCAUCUGCAGUUUGCCGUUGUUUGAACAGCUUUUAGCAAAGAGCGAUUCAUGGUUCAUUAGGCUCCAUUCUGCUUUGAUAUUGUUACAAAGCCUUUCACUUGAUUCUUGCAAAUUGUAACAUCGAACCAAGGUCCCUCAAUACUUUAACGAGGCUCAAAAGAUUUUACGAAACUGUGAGCAUAUUCAGGUACUCUGUUUGGAUAGCUGAUGGACUACUUGAUAAUGGAAUCUUGAUACAAGUCUUGAGUUCUUUCGUGUUUCCGGCUUAAACUUUUUUUAAGUAGAGCGCCGGAGUAUGGAGGUUGCCACCAUGUUAAAACUAGGGUGGAAAAUCUGUGCUUAGUUUUGGGCUGGUUAAGUAUUCCAAAUGAGAGGAUGAAAGUGCUUAGUUUGGUUGGAAAAAUCUGUCCAAAUAUUGUGUUUACAUUUUCUUGGUUUACUUACAUAGAUAGAUUAGUUAGUGUGUACAGAUUAGACCUCUAUAUACUACUCAUCUGUGACUAUGGAUUGAACUUAGUACAGAUAUAUAUUUCUAAGGA